UCUGCUUGCUUUCGAGCUUGGAAGGAACAGCUGGCAGAAAGCGUGAUCGAGACUGAGCGAGGAGCGUGUGUGUGUGCGUGCGCGCGAGCGGUGCGGAGAGCAACCGCAGCAGUUGCCGUGAACGGGCUGGUCACAUUGGAGAUCGCAUCAUCGGUCGCAUCAGCGGAAAGGGAAGUCGGAGGGCGUGCACACCCACUGCUCGGGCGGGCCCCUAAGCAAGAAGGCAAGCAAAAGGAAAAUCUUGAAUCUUGGACAGCGGAUCUGGUUCAGGGGCCGGCCUCCCCGUCCAGAGUGCUUGGCGAGGUCGGCUCGCCUUUUGCUUCAUGCAAUGCACCGCCUCCCUUAGCGCGAUGCAGCGGGCCGGAGGAGGAGCAGCGGCAGAGGCUGGAGGAGGAGGCGGUGGAGGAGGCGGAGGCGAAGCGGUUGCAGCAGCAGCGGCCUCGUACCGGGUGCUGAGCCGUUUGUUGGGCUACGGCGGGGCUGAGUCAGCCGCAACCGGGUUGGCGCUUGGAGGACCCAUCGGAGAAAGCUCUGCUCUUGUAGUCGGGGAUCGGGGAAGAUCGGGCGGGCUCCGAGGCUCACAGCUCCUGGUCUUCCGCCCUGGCGAAGCUGGAGAACCGUCGGGGGUCUCCUCGGCCGCCUGUUUGCCGACGCCUCCGACGCCUCAACCGUCCUCGGAACUCUUGUGCGCCAGGCACCGGUGUGCUCUCCUGGCCGCACCGAAAGGCGAGCCUGGAGGUGGACGAUGCUGGAGUGGAGCGGCUGGCGGCCUCCUUUUUCCCCCGGGGGCCGGCCUGGAGCUACAGCUGGCCGCUUUGGGGCUACACCAGGCGCCCCCGACGACCCCGGGAGGGCCGGGCAAGCCUCCUGGCGAUUGCCCCUGCAUGAGUCUCUUGCCCCCGCCGCCUCUAGCCCCGCCGCCCACGAUGCCCUUGUUACCUCCGGGGGAAGAGACUAGUGACGCCCUCCUAGUGUUGGAAGCUCUCGGUCCCGACGAGGAAGACGAAGAGGAGGAAGCGGCUGCAGGGCAGGCAGAUUCCUCCAGCCCAGUCGGCGUGGGAGGCAGAGGCUUCCAACCGCUCGCUCCAGCAACCCCGGCUCCUUCUCCUCCUCCGGCAGGCCCGGUGCCCGCCGUCGCAGCCAACCGACUCAGCUCAUCCGCCUCCUCCAGGAAAGGCUCCUUGAAGAUUCGCUUGAGCCGCCUUUUCCGCACCAAAAGCUGCAGUGGACCGUCGUGCAACCCAGCAGCCCCCGCUGGUGCCCGACGGGGCGCGGAGAGGGAGCUGAUACAAGGUGCUGCCACCAGAGCCACCUCGGGCACGGCAGGGAGUCUCCCCGAUGUGUCCCAUCCUGGGUGUCGGGAGCAUGAGUCCGGCAGAAAACCAAGAUUGAUGCGAACACAAAGUGCCUUUUCUCCAGUUGCUUUUGGUCCCCUCUUCACGGGUGAGACAGUGUCUUUGGUGGAUGUGGAUAUCUCCCAGCGUGGCCUGACAUCCCCACACCCCCCGACACCACCUCCUCCCCCACGGCGAAGCCUCAGCCUUUUGGACGAUAUCAGUGGGACACUGCCUACAUCUGUCUUAGUGGGUCCGAUGGGGUCUUCAUCCCUCCAGUCUUUUCCUCUGCCUCCACCGCCUCCACCGCACGCCCCGGAUGCGUUUCCCCGGAUCAUCCCAAUUAGAGCACCGGAAGCAGUACACAGCCAACCUGCACAGCACCUUCAGUGCCCCCUCUACCGGCCUGACUCGAGCAGUUUUGCAGCUAGUUUGCGGGAGCUAGAAAAAUGUGGUUGGUACUGGGGACCUAUGAACUGGGAAGAUGCUGAAAUGAAGCUGAAAGGAAAACCUGAUGGGUCAUUCUUGGUUCGUGAUAGCUCUGAUCCUCGGUACAUUCUGAGUCUCAGCUUUCGAUCACAGGGUAUUACCCAUCACACUAGAAUGGAGCACUACAGAGGAACCUUCAGCCUUUGGUGCCAUCCCAAGUUUGAGGACCGCUGCCAGUCUGUGGUGGAGUUCAUAAAGCGUGCCAUUAUGCACUCCAAAAAUGGGAAGUUCCUUUACUUCUUGCGAUCCAGGGUGCCAGGUCUCCCUCCAACCCCUGUCCAGCUCCUGUACCCAGUCUCUAGGUUCAGCAAUGUUAAAUCGCUACAGCACCUUUGCCGCUUCCGGAUAAGGCAGCUGGUCCGCAUCGAUCACAUUCCAGAAUUACCCCUCCCCAAGCCUCUGAUCUCGUACAUCCGCAAAUUCUACUACUACGACCCCCAAGAGGAGGUGUAUCUCUCCCUGAAGGAGGCCCAGCUUGUUUCCAAACAGAAGCAAGAGGCGGAGUCUUCAACGUAGCAAAGGGCCCUCUACUGCCUUACUGAUGUCACCAAUGGAAUUCAGUCACCAAUAUCUUGUAGCUGUGGAAGCUGCAUUGGAGAGGACUCCUGGUGUUUGCUUUCUGGCUAUUUCUUGGCCUCCAGAGAAGAUCCAGGGCUUGAAAAGAAGCACACCUGUGCACAGAAAAACAGGAGCCAUGACCCCAUCUGGUUUCAUAACAAUGUUUUGGAAUCUGCCGAAACUGGACUACAAGCUCCUGGAAGGAUGGAGAAUGUCAUAUUUUUCUUCUUAAAAUUCUAUUUUUUUGGUGCUUACCCCCCCCCUUCCCUUUCUUCCAGCAUGGGAAAUAGUGAGCCGAUUUUUACAUUUUGUUUAUCUGUUGGCAUUUUGGGGAUGGGCGUGGGUGCGUGUGGCAGAGGUACAGCAGACUCUGAGACUUAAUGAGCAAAAAACUGUGUUUCCAGCCAAACUAUCCUUGCUGAAGAAUGCUGCUUAUGCAAGCAGAGCCUGAGCUCAAGGUGUAUUCAGAUGUGUGAAAUAUUUGUGUUGGGUAGAUGAGGCCAAAGCCCAGGAGGGGGAGGAGGAAGGGCAGGGAAUGGUGAGCUGCGGUACAGUUUCCUGCUCCAUAAGGAAAGAGAGCUUGGUUGGAGGUGCAAGAAUUUGCAGCCUAAUCAGACAGUGGGAAAUUGCCAUGGAAUUUUAAGGUGUGUUGGCUGGAUCUAACCAGAUGAAACAAAGUGCUGUUGCCUUUCUUCAUAUGACAAUGGGGCGCGGGUGGCAUUGUGAAGCUUUUCCACUGCAAGUGCUGUUAGCCAUUCCCCCCCUUUUCUUUUUCCUCCCACCACGGUUAACCCUGAAACCUCAAGCAGCUGCUGUUCAUACCACUGUUGGUAUCUCUGUCAGGUGGAGGAAGAUGCACACUUGGCCACCUGAAGCCAAUCUCCAAGCUGCAAAUGGGCUUUCGCCCUGUUUCUCCCAAAAUGGCUUACUGAAAAAGUAAGAGUUGGAGGCUUGGCACACAGAAGGAAAUGCCCCUUGUACCUUUUAAUGUGAGGAAGCAACAUUUUUGACGCACCUUAGCCCUGUCUUGCUGUGAGAAGAGGAAGGAGAGAACUGAAAUUGAGAGCAGUUCUACACAGUCUCCUACUUUUACCCACCCGAGAAGACCCUGUUUGUCUAAGACUGAUGCUCUUAGCUUCUAGUCCUAAUGAGAAACUUUCUAAAUACUUCAACAAAGAAAUAUUGUGUGCUCUCUUUUCACCCUGCAACAGCAAGGUGUGGGGAUUUCUGUCAUAGCAAACCAACCCACAGCUAUUUAGAAGUCAUUGGGACAUCUUGUGUGUGUAUGUGUUUACUCACUAAAUCCACUUUCCAUCUCUAGCUGAAGGUACUUAGCAUAAUUUCUUGGUGGUUCUUUUAAAAGCUGUGAUAACUUAAUUUAUUAUUAAUAUUAAUUUGUAAAUCUUGCUCCAUAUUCUGUGAAAAAGAGUUUUACCCUGGCUUCAACCUCCACUUCCACCCAGCACACUGGAUAAAGCUAACUGAUGUUUCAUAGUCAUCAAGACUUUGGAAUAUUCUUAAGAAGAACUAGAGGGUGGCUAGGAGAUGGUCUUCUAAAAGUUGAUCUGUGAAAAGACUGUGUCUGUUAAACACCAGUUGGUUCAAAGGAAACUGGACCUUUGUUCAUCCUAUUAAUACUUUGUGUGUUUCAAGAUGGAUUCCAAAGUUUGGUUCUGAACAAAUUCUGGUGCAGUAUUUACUUCCCAAACAACCACACACUCUUACUCUUUUUUCCACCCAUGUUGUUGUGAAAAACUGGGCUGACUCUGUAUUUACUGCCUGGGCAUCCAUGCUCGCUGUAUCCCCAAAGAAGGUACUCUCUUGCCCAUUUUCAGUUUGUGAAAGGAGUGAAAUGAAGAUGCACUGAGCCGCUGAACUUGUGCCUUUCCCUGAAGGUCCGUCGUUUUGUAACGGUUCCUACGGCAGCCAAGACAGCUUGUGAAGACAUGAGCCAAUGAAGGUGUUGGGCAUGCUCUGCAGCAGUAGAUGGGAAAACUAAUUCCCUGUUCUGAUACACUAGGGGAAAAAGAUCUGGCCCUCUGCUGCAGUACAUGUAGCUAUGUUGCUUCUGGAGCUGUGCAUCUAAAUAGCAGCAAAUAACAUAAUACUGAAAGGUCUUGGUAACUUGAGCCUGAAGAGGUUCCAUGCUUGGAGUGGUCAUAAAUGUACCAGAACACCCUCCUAGCUGUGUAUUUUGGUAUAGAAUGAUGCACCAGAAAGACAUUCCAUUUUGUUCUAAUUAGCAUUUGGAGAGGGGUGUGUCUGUGGCUGCAAGGGAGGACUUUUAAAAGGUGCUGGAAUUUAGUUGUAACGCCCAAAAGGGGAUUGAAGGUUCUGUUCCUGCUCAAAAAAGAAAGCAGCUAUCAGCUCUCUGGCAAAUUCUGGUUGUUGAAACACUCUUAGUUUCUUAACACCAGCUCAUCAUAUCUGCUCUUCUCUCUUCCUUUAAAAUGGUGAGCCUUCCAAUCCAUGGUGGACUUGGGGGAGAUACUUUUUUUCUUUAUCUCCUCAUCCCCCACCCCCACCCCCCAAAAAUGCUUGGUUCAGAUAAGAGAUGAGACCAAAAGUUCCACAAACCUAUGACUUGCUCUGGUGCUGGGGAAAUGUUUCUUAAAACGUGGUUCAAACAUGCACAAACCAUGCCCCAGUGCCAGGAGCUAGAUAUCCUCCUGAUCUUCUGUCAUUUUGUUGAACUGAACACCUGUAAAACUGUCAACUGACUACUGAGUGGCAAAGGCCAAUCACAUGUAAAUAAUUUGCAGGGAGUAAGCUUGGCUCCCCCUGGCUGCUGUUGCAUCCACCUUAGUCCACUGCUGUAAUGGAUUUCUUCUAUAAGGAAACUCUUCUACCUACCCCCCCCAUCUGUCUUAAAUCCUUCCCGUGUGAGGCUGUUUUUGACGAGUUCUCUUUUUGAAAUGUGCGAGUGGUUGUGGAUGAGUGUUGGGCAGCAAGAAUUAAAUUCUGCACUGGA